AUGGGAAAUCAAUGUACUUCUGGAGACAAUGAUUCAUAUGCGAAUACCACAAAGGCUAUCAUAAUAAAUGAGGAGUUCAUUGAAGGAGAGAGACCUGUGAUAUCUUAGGAACAUAGCAAAUUCAACGAUGACGAUGCCAUUGUACAAUAUGAAUUAAUCAUGUCAAGGAUGUCGUCAUUACUAAUGAAUCCAAUUAUGGCAGAAAAUCCUUGAGUUAAAACUAUAUGAAGUAGGCCAACUAUGUUCUUUAAGACAAUAUUCAAUUGUAGCUUAACUACUGUGUAAUUUUGGUGACUACUUUAGGGAUUGCCAACUCAAGGUACUCAAGCCGUUCUAUUGUCUGUUUAAACUAAGAAUCAAACCAUAACUACUAGAUAAGGAAUUGAUUUAGUAAUUCUCAAAUAAACCCUUAGAUAUGUUUGAUUGACCAUAGUGGAAGCAUGAGUGGAGAGAAGAUGCACUUGGUAAAGAAAUCGUUAAAGCAUCUCUUAAAGAUGUUGCAACCUCAAGAUCGAUUGUGUUUGAUAGAAUUCGAUGAUCAAAAUUAUAGAUUGACUAGAUUGAUGAGAGCAACAUAGGAGAACAUGUACAAAUUCUUGAUUGCUAUUGAUACCAUAUAAGCCAAUGGAGCAACAGACAUUGGAAAUGCAAUGAAGAUGGCAUUAUCUAUUUUAAAACACAGAAGAUUCAAGAAUCCUAUUGCCUCAAUAUUUUUAUUGUCUGAUGGUGAAGAUGAGGGUGCAGCAGGGAGAGUGUGGGAUGAUAUUCAAUCAAAGAACAUCAAGGAACCAUUUACAAUCAAUACUUUCGGUUUUGGUAGAGAUUGUUGUCCCAAAAUUAUGUCAGAAAUCGCCCAUUUCAAAGAAGGUCAAUUCUAUUACAUUUCUGAUAUAGUAAAAAUAGAUGAGUGUUUUUUUGAAGCUUUGGGAGGUGAAGCUUCAGUUAUUGCAUAUAAUACCCACAUUACAGUAACAUGCAAGAAAAACACAAUUAAAAAAGUAUAUGGUGAUAAAUGGGCAUUGAAUUUAUAAGAAUAAUCCUUCUCUAUUUAUUAACCUUAAUUACAGUUUGGUGUGAGGAAAGACUUUAUAGUUGAAACAUCUGUUCCCAUUGGAAUGAUGGAUGAAUUCAUAACUGUAAAAAUGCACACUGAUUCGGUUGAGACUGGUGAAAGAUUUACAAUUGAAUAAUUUAUUAAUAUAGUGCCCAAUAUGGUAGCUGAGCAAAUUGUCUUUCAGUAAUUAAAAUUAUCUAAUCAAUAGGGAAGUGAUGUCUCAUUAUUACAGAGUCUAGGCUGCUGAAACUUUCAGAAAUGCACUCAAUUUAGGCUAUAAUCUACAAUACUAAUAGGCUCAAGCAACCAUAACUGCACUACAAUAAUAAAUCUAUUAGAUGAAUCUCAAAAAUCCUAUGAUUAACUUAGUAUAUUUAGAUUUACAAUAAGCUUUGAGAUAUUGUGAUUCGAUGUAGAAUUCUUUAUGAUAUUAUAGGUUCUUCAAUUAAGAGGGUAGACACUAUCUAACUUAAUUGUACAUGAUCCACAUGUAUCAAUAACCAAGAGGCAUUGAGAUUGUAUCCAACGAUCCAAAAAUGCAAGUGACAUGCGUAUAUCAGAAUGAAUUGCAGAAACAAUACAUUCUAUAAUUAAGACAAAUGAAGACGAACAAUCCUGAUUAAUUUUAAUAAUGAAACAAUGCG